AAAACCUCACCGCGGACUACAGCACCCAAACACUACACCACUGUUCACUAGCAUUUUUCGCACGUUGCUGGCUUCCAUAAUUUGAUUCUUCAACGCUGAAAGGUCACGUUUCUGUUGGUUAAACACAGUCGUUUAAGACACUAAACGCUCUGGGCACAGCCGAUCCUUUGAAGAUGUUUAAGGUACUUUUUCUGAUGUUCAUCGGGAUAUGUUCAGUUUCAGCCAAUUGGAGAAACCCCCCUGGGGUAAUUGGUGCAGAUGGGCACGUUGGGAAAUUAUGUAACCCUGGCUUACCGGGUGCUGUGGGUGAGGAGGGGGACUCAGGACUACCAGGACGCCCCGGAGCGAAAGGCAUAAAAGGUAGAGCGGGCUCCAGUUUCGCCAGACCACCUCCUGGUGAACUAUGUCGCUGUCCACCUGGUCCGGAUGGUGAAAGAGGCGAAAUUGGUGACCCAGGUUGGCCCGGGGAGCGUGGCCCUCAGGGUGCACCGGGAAACUUUGGAGAAAAGGGCGAACAAGGGGAAAGGGGGCGUGUUGGGAGGCCUGGCGUCCCAGCCCCACCACUUCCCCGGUAUCCGCCUACCGUUGCCGAUACAAUGUUUCUACCGGUCAUGCUGCGUGGAAAAGUACCCAGAACAGUGUGUGCCCACAUCAGAAAACAAGCUUAUGUCCCUGGAGUACCACACGACUGGCUUGGUUGGUAUGAAACCGGUAAAUCCAGUUAUCUCACUUUCAACAAAUGGCUUUACUUCUCGUCGAGAUUCCAAUGUCCGUGCACGGUCCCAAUCCCUCCUGGUCCCACGCCGAGCUCAGCUGAACUAUUGCGAUUACUGUGAGAGGAAAUACAGCAACUGAAGUGCUUUGUGUCGUACGCGUCAUUUGCAUAUGGUGCGGUGCUUUGAAGCAGUGAUAUUUAAAGAAGCGUGUUGUGUAAUUUUGAUUAUGAAAUAUAAAAGGUCUUCUGUCUUGUGUAU